AUGGAAGACUCAAUCGUCGAAUACGUACGAGACUCGGUCUCGCGCAGCCCUUUGGCUGUUCUCGCCAUACUCGGCACAGUCUAUGGUCUUCUGCUGGUCGUCUACCGUCUUUUUCUGCACCCGUUAUCUGGAUUCCCCGGCCCGAAGCUAGCGGCUGCGACGCUUUGGUAUGAGUUCUAUUACGACGCCAUCUUGCGCGGCCGGUACACUUUUGAGAUUGAGCAUAUGCACCGCCAGUACGGUCCCGUGGUUCGCAUCAGUCCUCAUGAGCUACACAUCAACGACCCGGCUUUUAUCAGCGAGCUUUAUGCUAGUGGCAGCAAGAAGCGUGACAAAUACCCCUACUUCACUGGCCAGUUUGGUAUCCCGGAUAGUGUCUUUGGCACGGCUGGCCACGACCUGCACCGCAUGCGUCGCGGCGCUUUGAACAAGUUCUUUUCCAAAGCCGCCGUCACCCGCUUGGAGCCCAUUAUUCACAGUGCAGUCGAAAAGCUCAUCUCGCAGCUUGAGACAUAUUCUGGCGCUGAGAAGCCUGCGCCUAUGACAAUGGCAUUCAGUUGCAUGACCACCGACAUUGUGACCGAAUAUGCAUUUGCCAAAAGCUAUGGCUUCUUAAACUCUCCAACCUUUGAGCCCAAUUUUCACGGCGCCAUUAUUGCAGGCACCGACAUGGGCGCUUGGAUGAAGCAGUUUCCGUGGCUCAUGACGCUCUUGAACAGCCUACCCCAGAGUGUCCUCGCCAAGAUGAACCCAGAGGCAGGAAGUUACGUCAAGUUCCAGGAGGACAUUCGUCGCCAGAUUCGCCAGACACAGGACCAGAUUACUUGUGGCUCCUACGAAAGUACCCAGGGUCGCACCAUCUUUCAUGAGCUGCUCACAGGCGACCUCCCAGACGAAGAAAAGAGUGUGUCCAGGCUCUGGCAAGAGGGCCAGAUAGUGGUCGGCGCUGGUACAGAAACAACUGCGUGGACCUUGUCUGCUACCCUCUUUUACAUCUUGAACGACGAGCGCGUCCGUCUCAGGCUACGGAAGGAGCUUGCGGCCGCGAUCCCGGAGCCAUGCCAUCGAAUCGACUGCACUGAACUGGAAAAGCUUCCGUAUCUCAGCGCAGUCAUCACCGAGGGCUUACGUUUAUCCUAUGGGGUGAGCACAAGGCUCCAACGAAUCAAUCCUACUGCGCCUUUUUACUUCAAGCCGUCGUCGCUGGCAGCGGGUAAGGGCCGCCCAGAGUACGUCAUUCCACGCGGAACGCCCGUGGGUAUGACUUCUACAUUGAUCCAUACCAACUUGGAACUGUUUCCUGAUCCUCAUACUUUUAUCCCUGAGCGCUGGCUCGAUGAUAAUGGUCAGCGACAUCAUUUGCUGGAUGGAUAUCUGCUCUCGUUCUCGCGCGGAAGCCGCCAGUGCAUUGGGAUACAACUUGCAUAUGCCGAGCUAUUUCUAUGCCUUGCAUUGCUCUUCCGUCGUCUUGGAGACAGGAUGGAGCUCUUUGAGACCACCAGAAAGGAUGUCGAAAUUUACUACGACCGUUUCGUCCCCACCCCGAGGUAUGGAACAAAAGGCAUCAGAAUAUUGGUUGAAGAAAAGCCUUGA